AUGGCCAGACAGGCGUACAGAGGAGCAAUAAGCGCUCGCUCAGAGCGUGGACGGAACACUCGGGGAGAGCGAAGCGGAAGUGAAUCUUCAAGAGGAGCACACCAGUCUCCGGAAGAGAGCGAAAGCGAAGACGAGAGAAGUGGCGGGGAAUUGGGCCAAGCCGAAAUCAGGGAAAUCCGUGAAAAAUUAGAAGCCAUAGCCCUGACAACGACGACGAGUUCGAACGAACUGCGAGAGCUUCAAAAAAAAGCAGCAGCAGUUGGCCGCGACGUUACAGUCAGAGGUGAAAAACGAAGAGGUGGUCGUCGCGAUCAACGCGCUCACAAAAGCGAUCGUCGGUCUAACGAACUCGAUGGAGAGAAAGAUGGGGGUGAUUGAGCAGGCGUGCAAGGAAUCGACGAAAGCCACGGACUUCCAAGCGGACGCGGCGAAACACCUGGAGUCAAGGGUGCGGGCAGCGAUAGCACAACUCGAGAGCACCCACAGCCUGGUGGUGAGCAGAACCUUCCAAACGAAGACUACGCUCGGGAGCUCGCUCUGCAUCCGGGGGAACCAACGAGGAAAAGAACGGCGGUCUGGGACAUAAAGACCCCAGGUCCGCGAUGCUGCUUCUGUAAUGAAGGUCAUAUCAGCGAACAAUGCGAGAUCUACCCAGACUGGGAGACACGCCAGCAACAACUUCGGAGUAAGAAGCUGUGCGACAGGUGCACUCGAUCAGCGGCCCACGCGAAAUGCGAGAAGUCGCGGAGAAGGUGCCAGUACUGCAAGGACGUGCAUCACAACGCGUUGUGCAGGAAGAAAUUCCCAGAGAGAGCGGGAAAAAAGGAGGUGAGAAAAAAUGAGGGGAGAAACGGAAAUGAGAACUGUACGAUUACAGACUACGGCUGUCACCCAAGGUGCCAGAGGUGAGAUAGAGUCGGCGAAAGCAGAUUCGCUGGCGGCGGAACCGUACCCGGAAAAACAGAGAGCGGACGGAAAAAUCCAGGUGAGAGGAGUGAAAAGAGGGGGACGGCCUGAAAAAAAAGAACUGUAACCUUACAGCUACUCAACCCGCUUCACCUGUUGAAGAGAGGAGAUGAGGACAUGGAAACGGACGAGCAGGCGCCGGUCGAAAGAGAGGAGCAGGCUGGGCCGGAGGAGCCAGUGAAAGAAGCGGGGGCCGGCAACGAGGAGUGA